CAAGGUAUAGACAGCAGAUAGAUCAGGCUCAAACCUACUACUGGCAUGCUGCAUAUCUUGUACCAUUUAAUGGUCAACCUUACAAUCAGUUAGCUAUAUUAGAGGCUGCUAAAGGGAACAAACUCUCUACAGUGUUCUAUUAUAUACGCAGUCUAGCUGUUAAAGUGCCAUUUCCUGUUGCGGCUACCAAUCUUGAAAAACUCUAUGCAAAACUUACAAAAGAAACUCCAGAUUUCAAAGGGAAGUUAUCUGCUAGUGAAAUGAUCACAGGCUUCCUACAGUUCCAUGCCCUAGUUCAUCUUUGUACAGAUCUGAUAAAAGCAGAAGAACUUUCUGAUAAAUUGGCCGCAGGUCUUCCAGCCCAUGUGACCUCACAAAGUUUCCCGUGGCAAGUUCUGGUGCAUAUCGUGGCAAUCAACAUCUUUGCAAUGAAUCACGUGCAACACAUGCCGGAAAGUUCUCCAGAAUCAGGGAUGACUAACGGGGAUACAGAACUUACUGAUGAUGAAGAAAGAUGCUUUAAUCUGGUUUUUAAAUUGACAGUGAACAUGAUGGAUAUUCUCCUACAGUAUACACCUAAACAAGAACAUAAAGUGUGUGACUAUUUUACUCUACCUGCUGUUAAACUACUUUUAGACUGGCUUAAACUGAAUCCUCAAAACUUCGAUCAUCCUAUACUGAGAAACUCUACGUUAUGGAGCAACUUGUGUAAAGUAUUAAAUAGUAUUCAAGACUGGCAGAUAAAAGAUGGGGAACAAGAUUUGUCUAAGCAUGAAGAUUUGCCAUUACCAGAAGAUGCAGAGUUGAGAUGUUUUCAACCAAUAGAAAAAGCUCAAAGUGGAUGGAGUUACAGUAAACUGCCAGCAGAGGGUCUUGCGUCAGAUAUAGAGGUGCGCUUGAGAUGCCAUAGAUUACUGGAGCACGGUCAUUGGAUAAAGGAAGAACAACCAAGUGUACAGUUAUCUGUUAAGAGGAGCACAGCGGGAAGUUUACAGUUUAGUUCCCCUACCCCACCCCCUACAAAUAAGAUAACAAAGACUGUGACCCUGUCUGUACCAAACACACACUCAAAUCAUACAACUUCCUUGAUGAGCACUGCACCCAGUCCAGAGAGGAAAUCUAACAGACAAAAUGUUGCUAUACAGGCCAUAAUGCAGAAGCAGGCAGAGAGUACGGGUAAAAGUGUUAAAAUCAAAGACGAGCCGAAUUCACCAAAAUACCUGCUUGGGGUUCCAACUUCAGAACCAUUGUUCUUUAAAGCUGGGGGUCAACGUCAGCCAGGGCCAACUACCGGGACACAGAGCGUUCAGUCCUCCCCAUCACCUUCUAAACCAGCAGGUCACACCGGUGGGGUGUUAGUUAUCAAAAAUUCAGAAGUGUUGAACCAGACUACAAGUCGCCCCAGUAACCAGUCAAAGUCAUGGCAACAACAGAGACAGGGAGCAGGUAGUGCGUUAUCAUGGCAACAACAACAGCAACAACAACAACAAUCUAAACAACAGACAGAGAAAACAGGAUGGCCAAAUUUACAGCCACAAUCUCAGGUUCCAGGUCAACAAAUCAGCCAUCGUCAAUGGCAACAACAGAAGUACCAGCACGACCCCAGUUGUCACCUCAACCAAGGUCUAAGGACAGUGUGCAAUUUCCUGGCUCAGCCACCAUUUUUAG